CCAGCUCCCAUUGGGCUAAGUUAAGACCAGCUAAACUUUCCCUGCACGACAUUUGUCCCCGCCCAUGUCCAUCACAGAGCUUCCUGCUUCUUAAUACGAGUGAAUUUGUUUUGCGUGCGUUCGAAGUGUAUAAACUGCAAGAUGGCCAUAUAAAAGUAUUUCAGUGGGACGGGCUUGGUGAUGGGCAGGGCCUCUGACCAGCAGUAGCAGUGUACUUUGUACCGGGAGAUCACGGUAAUGUACUGACCACAAACACAAACUUACGCAUUCAGUUUGAAACUUAAGCCUGGCACAGACUAACACACUUAGACCUUGAAUCAUGUCUGGAGCUGCUGAUCGCACCAGGAGGCCACGUCCCCAAAAGAUGUACAUGGUGGAGUCUGAACAUAGGGUACAGGACCAGCUGGAAGGCACCAUCCGGCUGGCACGGGGGAGUCUGUGUGUGAUGCAGGAGGGCGGAGCCAGGAGGAGCAGGAAGGGGGACCAGUUGUGGGUGAAGGUGCUGGACUCUGGCUCGUUGGUGAAGCUGGACAGGCAGGUGUUGCUGGAGGUGCCCGCUGACCUUGCAGGCCUGCUGGAGCCCGUGUCAGACCCAGAAGCCCGUUUCCAGCUGUUCGUCAGACCCCAGCAGCUGCAGCGAUUCGCUGCCCUGCCUCUGGGGGCGGAGCUGUGUGUAAAGAUGGGCCAAUCGGGGGAGCUGGCGCCGGCGGUUCUGCGGUACCAGGGGACGCUGGCCACCGGCAGCACUGCCGUGUAUUUCGGGGUCCAGUUGAAGGGCUGGGCUGCUGGGCGGGGGAACAGUAAUGGCUCCUAUAAGGGUCACCAGCUGUUCCACUGCCCAGAGGCGUGUGCUGUGUUCGUAGCGGCUAGUCGCCUCGUGCUGCGGUUGCCAUCCCACGCCAGCAACAUGGGAAGAGAGGCAGGGGGUAACCAUGGAAACGGCCAGAGUCCCAUUCUGCCCCGAACUGCAGACUCCGCCCCCAGCCCCACCCCUGUGCUGCAGGACGGGUCAGUGGGGUCCUGCGAUGGCUGGUUUAAGGAGCAGAAGCCGGGCCCAGGGCCCUCAUCUCAACCUGCCCCCCUGUCCCCUGCCUCCAAGGUAUCUCCAGAACAAAGACCUCCGAACCACCGACUCAAUAUUAACCCUUCCCACAAUUCUUCACCUCCACUGGUCAGCAUGCCCCAGGCCCCGCCCUCCCCUACCACUACCAACCAAUCCCGACGCUCACAUCGUCCGCCACCUCCUGUGUCUCCCUCUAAGACCGGGCUGGAAGUGGGCGGUGACUGUGCAGAGGAGGCGGUGCUUGAGAUGGAAUUGGAGGUGGGAUCAAUGGUGGAGGUGAAGGACCCGCCCCUGUACGGGGUGAUCCGCUGGAUUGGCCAAAUCAACGGCAUCCCUGAGCAUGUGGCAGGACUGGAGCUGGACCAGGAGCUGGCUGCAGCUACAGAUGGCAGUUACCGUGGAGAACGUUACUUCCGUUGCCCUGCCAACAAGGGGCUUUUCGUCAAACUGCGGAACUGUAGAAGGGACUCCCGCUUCCCUGCCCCCGAGACACCAGCCAAUCAGGUGGAGCGCUGCAACUCCAUAGCGUUUGCGGAGUGGGUGAGUGAGCGGGUGGAGGAGCACACCCCGCCCUUAUUUGGGGACGAGGCGAGCGAGCGCUACAGCGGGAGGAAGCGAGGGAUUCAGGGUCACCUCAACUCCUGCUACCUGGACGCCUCCCUGUUCAGUGCGUUCUCCUGCUGUAGUUCUCUGGAUUGGGUGCUGUUUUGCCCCUCUCGGCCACAGGAUGGCCCGAACCGCAGCCGUACCCAGGACCUGCUCCGAUGCGACAUCGUCAACCCACUGCGCAGGUAUGGGUAUGUGUGUGCCAGUAAGACAAUGGCUCUGCGGAAACUUCUGGAAGCAGAGAGCCGUGACACUGGAUUCACCUACCAGGAGAAAGACCCAGAGGAAUUCCUCAAUAACCUGUUCCAGCUGCUCAGAGUGGAGCCACUUCUGAAGAUAAGGUCAGGCAGUCUCCAGACUCAGGAAUGUCACCUGUACCAGCUGUUCCCUCCCUCAGCCCCACCCUCCUCCCCAAGCCCCUCCCCCCGGGGUGCCUGCCUCAGAGUCUCCACAGUGCAGACCCUGCUGGAAACCUCUUUCCACCACGCUGGGCUAAAGUUUGCAGAGGUAACCAUGGUGACACAAUCACACGACUGCACAGUUACACAACCACACAACUACACAGUCCCACUACUUCCUGUGUCUGUGUCUGCCUGUAUGCCCUAUAUCCAUCUCCCCUCUCUCUGCCUGGACAUCACUGACCUGCUGGACCACACUCUCAGGCAGUGCAGUAUCUGUCAGUCUGUGGCAGAGUGGGAGUGUAAUCUGUGCUACAAGGACCCUGAUAUCACACCUGGCUGUCUCAAACAGUACUGUCACACCUGUAACACACAGGUACACAGUCAUAGAAAGCGUGUAUCACACAGGCCAGAGCGACUGAGCGUGCCUGAAGGCCCGUGGGCGGGAUCAGUGCAUGGCACUCGCCAGCGAUUGGUUCUCUUUGCUGUCACAUGCAUCCAGACCAGCCACUAUGUGAGCUUUGUGAAACAUGGACCCCUCCCCACUGACUGGCUGUUUUUUGACAGCAUGGCUGACAGGGAAGGUGGAGAGAAUGGAUUCAACGUGCCGCAGGUGACGGCGUGUCCUGAGGUGAGCCGCUACCUGAGCUUAUCGGAGCAGGAGCUUGGGAACCUGGACCCCGCCCGUCUCCAUGGCGCCGCCCGCCGGCUGCUUUGUGAUGCCUACAUGUGUCUCUACCACUGCCCUCAGCUCAGCCUGUACAAGUGACUCACACACACACACACGCACUCACACGCGUAAACACACACACUCACACGCAAACACACAAACACACACUCACACACGCAAACACACACACGCACACACACUUAGCACUCACACGCACACACACUCACAUGCGCAAACACACACUUAGCACUCACACACACUCACACACACGCACACACUCACAUGCGCAAACACACACACACUCACAAGCAAACACACACACACUUAGCACUCACAAACACACUCACAUGUGCAAACACACUUAGCACUUACACACACAUUCAGACCUCACACACACUCACAAGCAAACACACACUCACUCACACACACACAGCACUCACACACACAUACACACACACUCAGCACUCACACACACUCUCUCACACACACACUCACACACACACACACACUCAACACACAAAAACUUGCAUAUACAUAUAUAAACCCACACACACAACCUCAAUAUUCCCACAAACAUACACACACAGUCACACAUGUGCACACACACACACACACAUUCAACAGACCUCCUCCAUACCAUCACCAAAUACUCUUAAAUGCGAAGUUUUUGUUGUUCAAUGGUUCAUCCAUUUCAUACUGAAAUAUGAUGUAUUGUCAGUGUCUCUUUGACCCCAUCCUAACUGAACACAGAGAAUUUUAUAAAUAGCUGUAUUAUAUUCUUAUAUCCAUAGAUAAGUAUAACAUGUAUGCAACAGGAUUGAGAUUUUUUUUUUUCAUGUGUAUUUUAUGAUUUUUAAAGGAUCUGCAUGACUUUUUUUUUUUUACAAAUCUAUUCUUAUACAUGUAAAGCAAAUAGCUUUUAUAUUGCAGCACAUUUGUGAAAUGCUGAUGUUGUGGUCGAAGGUCUUGUGUUAUUGCAGUUCACUGGAAUGAAGUGAUGCUGAAGGACGAUGGGUGACCAGGCUGUCACCCCCCCCCCCCCCCACAUCCCCCCCACCCCCCGUCCACAAUCACUACCUGUAAUAAUAUUAAUUUAAAAUUUUUAAAAAACUGGAGUACAUCAGUGAUAGUAUAAUUGGAGUAAAAAGAAGGAAGGAAAUAAAAUGCAUUUUUAUAAUUUUGUUCACAGAAUGAGCCAACAGUGCUGGUAAACUUUGAAAUAAAAGAGUUUGCUGGAGA